UACGGAUCAGCCCCCGAGGUCCGUCAUUGGCUAAGCGUGAAUUGGAUGUCACUCCCCCUCGGGAACAACACCGCGGCGGCGCUGUUACAAUAUCACCGCUACGUUCGCUGCGCCCGCCGUGGCCGUACCGCAUACCGUCUGUAUAGUAACGUGCGCACGUCCAUGCGCCCCGUCAAAACGUGCAACUGCACAACAAACGAUGUUUUUUUGGCGUGUAUUAAACUGUGUUUGGUCACCGCGCCACGUUUCAAUCAGCCGGGCAAUUAAACCCUUAACAAAAGCAAGCAAGGACCCACCGCAGACCAGCAAGUAGUUAUGUAGCAGUGGACCUUUUUUGUCAAGGGGUUGUACUGCAUAUGACCAGAAGAGUGCAAGACUAUAUGAAAAAAAUUGCCAGCAACUGCUAUUAAGGUGCGAUAAUAUUCAACGCAGUGUUAAAUUGGACCUGAUGCCACACUGAGCGGUGGUACUCACAAGAGCAGAUAUUUUGCAGCAUCACUGCUGAUGCCUGCAAUUUUGAACCACCGAGUCUUGAGCUAAAAACUCCUAAAGUCAGAAAUAAAUGUGUUGCUAAAAAAUUCAACUGCGAGAUAAACGCGGCAUCGCAGGAGUUAGAGUUCACACAGACGGGGUUAUCGGAGCUGCAAGCCCCGCUAUGGAUUCGUCUCUCGUCGGCGGACAGUUACCGCACUCGCUGGGACCGCUCGGACUGUACGCCUUCGGCUCGCCGGGGCUGGGGUUCCCAGGCUCCCGCGCCUUCGACUUCGGCCUGCCGGUCUCGGCCGCGUCGUCCGGGGCCUUUUCGCCAGACAGUUUCUUGGGCAAGAGCGAUGUGUCGUCUUGUGGGUCCAGCAUGUCCAAGGCCAAAGCCAGUCCCGGUGGAGAUUCGAUGCUUGACGGGGAGGGGAAGGAUGGAAGCGGGUCCAAGAGGCGCCGUAGCCGGACCAACUUCAACGGCUGGCAGCUGGAGGAGUUGGAGAGGGCCUUCAAUGAGAGCCAUUACCCGGACAUCUUCACGCGAGAGGCGCUGGCCAUGAGGCUGGACCUGGUGGAAUCUCGAGUUCAGGUGUGGUUCCAAAACCGGAGGGCGAAGUGGCGCAAGAAGGAGAACACGAAGAAAGGUCCUGGUAGGCCGGCCCACAAUGCCCAGCUCAUCACCUGCAGCGGCGACCCGAUUCCCCCUGAGGAAGUGGAACGGCGAGAGAGGCUCCGCAUGGAAAAGAAGAAGCUGAAACAGCGGGAGAAAGCCGAGAGAACCCUGAUCAAGACCAAGAAGCAAGGCGCCACGGACGCAGGGGCGAAGAAGGAUGGGGAGGAGGAGGGCUCGGGUGAAAAAGAGUGGGGAGACGGAUCUCCUGAGGAAGGGGGCGCCACCAAGUGUUCGCUACCACUGCUGUCCCCGGGAACGGAUACCAAACAGGACACUGCGGCUGGUGUGUUCUUCACCGACAAGAAACUCAAAACUCCGGCCGGUCACAAGUCGGCCAAGAGCGAGAAGACGCGACGGGAGGGCAAGCAGAGUCGCAAGCUACCACACCACUGCGCUGCCGAUUCGGCCAACUCGGCCUUCCGCAGUUCCUUCAGCAUCGACUGUUUGCUCUCACCGCGGCCCAACGAUGUUGGCGGCCGCGGGUUCGGACUCCUAGCCGGACACUACGCCGCGGCGGCUAGCCUGGCAGCUGCCUCCCCGUAUGCCGCGGCCUUCUCCCCCUUCGCUUGGAACUCUCUGUCCGCGGCCCUUGCUGCGGGCGUGCCCCAGCCCCUCGGGUUCCUGGUAGAGAGGUUUCUGCCGCCUAAACCUCACAAUCUCCCCCUUAUGGCGCAUCCCCACCCCAUAACGGACGUCUUUGAGGAACAGAAAACUCUCAGCGUGGAGAGACUCCGGAAAAAAGCCGAGGAACACAAGAGCAAAGUUGCUGUUCAGAAAGAGAGCUGCAGCGACACAGAAUCAACCAAGAUGGAAAUGACAUGACAAUCUGGAGAGUUUGUUUUCCGGACACUUGAAAAUGAUUUCAACGCGUUGGAACAAACGAUUAACUCUUGAGCCCCCCAAAAUAUUUCUUUCAGUAUUAUCGAUGCGAUUGAACUGUUCAAACGGUUAAGCAACGGCCUGACUUCAAUACUUUCUUAGCAAAUGUGAAUGUUUGAAAAGCAAGUCUUUCUCUCUAUUGAAAGAGAGCACUAUUUUAACUUCUUGCAUAAACAAAAUGUGAACAAGCACCUGUGAAAUCUGCAACAUGUUACCGAUCCACGAAGCUUCGCCCUUUGACCUCUGGACCAAUCAUAACCGUGCUUUAUGUCCGACAUGCGUGGGCCAUGCGUGGCUUUGCGUGCAAUAAAUGACGCACGCGUCUAGCUCAUGCAAUGUGCAUAGAUUUAUACAAUAUUUAUGGCAAUGUGGCAUUGAAGAGGCGCACGUGUUUCUGCCCACGUGGGUAGUGGGCGGGGCUAAUGGGUUGGUCUGUAUAAAUUACUCCGUUCUUUGAGUAAAAAUGAAGAUUUUUUCUACAGGGCGCUGUGGAAAAGUUUUUAAAAAAUCAAGAACUCAAGUUGGCUCAAACUGUACCAAGAGAAGCGUUCAAAAGCCGGUGCAUACUAGCGCGAAAUCUUGUGCAAAGCGAAAUUCAUGUCGUCAACAAUGGUGGACGCGCUUCGAAUGUAUUGUUGACGUCACGAAUUUCGCUUCGCUUUCGCUUUCGCGUGAAGUAUGAACCCGGGCUUCACUCUGGCAAAUUUCGCACGCAGCGAAUGUUUGGUGACGUCAAAUUCGCAUCACAUUCGCAUUCAGGUGAAGUUUAAAGACACAAAUGACGCACAAAUUCGCGUUCGCUUUCGCGCUUGGUUUUGAACCGGCCUUGAAUCGGUCUUACUCUUAACGUGUCCAGGCCUUCGAGUGUUCUCUAUUCCAAGAGGAUUUGGUGGGGUUUCUAACGCGUGUGAAUAGUCUAAAUUUAUAUAUUGCUCUUUACGUUUUUAACUCGCGUGGCCUUUCUCUCAGGACUGUAUGAAACAAAAUCUUUGUACAUAAAUAAUAAUAUCAUCUUUUCUUUUUCUUUUCCUUGUCGUCUGUGUUGACGAGUGAAAUAGUGCGGUUUGCAUGAUAUUUUGCAUAAAUUUGACUAUUCUAUAGGGUUUGUUUAAAAAUGUGCUAAAUUGUCAUUGUUUUUCGUCCUUAUUCACCCUGUGAUUUGAGAUACAACAGAAGUAUUCCGAUUGGUCAGAUACGGUAUUGGUAGCGCACAGCUGUGUAGUCAGCAAGUGUAUGGACUAUUUCCACUCGAUGUGUACGCGAAAGGUGCGAGAACAUCAGGCCUUACAAUUUCCUUUCCUGAUAAUCUGUCGCAGCAGCAUCGUGUCACGACGUCUGGUACAAAACUCAAAUUUUGGCAUGGCUUUGUCAUCGAGAGAUGACUUCGUGUGAGUCGUGUCGUUUAACUGGUAGCCAUGCCAUGACUCGUAGCGGCUUGCACAACCAAAUUUGGGACCAGUCAGAUCACGCAUUAUUAUUAUCCUGUUUUUUUAAGACGCCAUUAGUGAAGGGGUACCAAUUCCCAUGCGAAGAUCUAAAUAAGAGGACGUUACUGAUUUGUAGAACGCGUACAGCAUGCAAGGGAGCGAGAUUCCACAUUAAACAAAACCGGCUCUUUACUUUGUUCGCCGAAUUAGUCUAUUCUUGAUACACCCUUAACUAAUGAUAGGUGUGCCAAAUGAUGCACAUGCGUCUCAACUUUCAGAAUGCGCGCAAAACUUGCGCUGGAGCCUUGUACCUACCGUACCUAGGCGAGGCUAGAGAGAUAGCUUUAAUUAGUCAAAAUGUGGGCCUGCCUAACUGCUUGCUACCAUCUAGACUGAUUUUCGUUGGCAGUUGUUCUUUGGUUUAUCACCGUAUCAAAGCAUGCAUCGCUGACCACUCAUGCAUCAUCGUGUAUCGACCAAUUAUUAAUGUCCUACUUUAGCCACAAGAUACACGUUGGUUGACAUUUCCCCAAACCUUGGUUUCGUCUCCGAUCUGGCAUCGGGCUCCAAUUAUUGUAUGAUUUCUAUUAAAUUCAUUGUGGUGCGAUCGAACGGGCUCAGUAUUUGGGUCCAUACUGCGCUUCGUUUGAACGUCAAAGUAAAAUAUUACAAGGCUAAGAUGUAUUAGUUUCAUUUGCUUCGAACAUUGUGGACUCCUCGAGUAUCCGGAGCUGGAGAUGAACCCGAGUUUUUGGAAAUUUAUCUGUACUUAAUAAUAAUUCCACGUGUUACCGCAACUGUUGUGAUU